AUCGCUCCGUCGCCAGUCAAGACGAAAUUCCCGACUGCACGCAUCAAGCGAAUAAUGCAAGCAGACGAAGAAGUAGGAAAGGUUGCACAGCAGACGCCCAUUGCCGUGGGCAAGGCUCUCGAGCUUUUCAUGGUACAGAUUGUGGAGAAAAGUGCCGAGGUAGCCAAGGACAAGAACUCCAAGAGGAUCACAGCCCCGAUGCUCAAGCAAGCCAUCGACUCGAAUCCACAGUGGGACUUCUUGCAAGAAAUUGUCUCCAAGGUUGGCGAGGAGAAGGAGGGGUCUAAGGCA